ACGAUCGGUCGGUACGUUGCGGUGCGGUGUGCUAUCCGUCGGUUUUGGUGCGUCGGGUACCAAGGACGUUGUAUACUAGUCUACGUUGAUCGUCCCCGUGCGUUUCGCCCGAUUGGCGAUUUCCCUCCCGUCAUCGCCACUGCAACUCAUUGCUCACACGUACUUCUACAUCUACACCGCGCUCGCGUUAUAGGCGGAUGUGUACUCAACAGCGUUUCGCCCGUUUCUUACAAGACAGUUAUCGUCACCGUCGUGUGUAAAUUAUAUUUUAAAACUCGUAUGUUUGGACGAGUAUAGAACGAACGGUUAAAGGCCCAAUACACCGUUUUCGGAUCUACGUCGUCCGUACUCGGUUCGCGUCCGCCCGUGUGUGUUAUUAAUAAUAAUAAUAUUAACACACGCUCACGCAUAUAUAUAUAUUUAAGUAUAUAAGGUCAAUGGUAUUCGGUGACGAUAUCGCGACCACACAGCAGUCUUAAAUGUUGCAAACAGAGAGGAUGCCCGACCUGGUGGAGGUGAUGAGGAUGGGCAAGGACCAUCGGCUCAAGCACAGGCAGUUGCCUCUACAAGUCGAUGAGAACUUGACUUUGGUGAUGGAUCUUAGCAACGAAGAUUUGGUACAAGAAGUAAAACAAGUGCCACCAUUAAAAGUUCAAUCUUUGGACAGUUUUGUGAAAAAAUAUCGCAUGCUAAAUAAACGUGAACUUCAAGAUGUAUUAAAAGUUUCCAUUAAAGAAAUAUUAGAUAUAAUGAGUGAAAGUAUCGACUGUGUUGGAUGUCGUAGAAGUGCUGAAAAAUUAUUUGGUGAAAUGGCCAAACUUGGUCAAAAUGCAUUGUUUCCUCUUGUUGUAGUUAAUAACAACUUUAUAUCUAUAAGAUAUGAGUUUUAUGAUGAAGAAAGGUGCAUGUAUAAUUUACUCCAGAAUACCAAUGGGAAUCGCUUAUCAUCAAUAGCAUCUAGUCGAAGGCAAUCAAAAAAAAGUAAAAGAUGUGUUUACCAUUCCCUUGAGUCCCAGAGACUUGUCCGACCAAUGGCAAGUGGAUGGCAAGAUAUAUGGAGGCAUAUGACUGAACCUUGCAGAGAUGAAAUAGUGCUUAUAGAAGCUAGUAGUUUAUUAAGCACACUGGAUAAUUAUCUCAGAAAACAUAGAUUUUGUGGUGACUGUCGUACAAAAGUGAUGAAAGCAUAUGCAUUACUUAUUGAAGAAGAAGAUCCGUCCAAAGAAAAAGGUUAUAUAGAAGAACUUUAUGCCGGUAUUAAAAGAUGUGUUGGGGACAAACACGUCCAUUUGGACACUGAUAUUAAUUAUAUUGGUGCAUUGAUCAGCCGUGCUGAACCAGAAUUAAUGGGAAAUAACAUCAGUCGUAGGGAACGACAUGCUAAAACUAUCGAGAUUGCUCAAGAAGAGGUUUUAACAUGUCUGGGUAUUUGUGUAUAUGAAAGAUUACACAGAAUACAAUUAAGGAUUAGAGAAGAACAAUAUACUUGCCAAGUUUUAGCAGCAGCAGCCAUUGAUGGUCUUGCUAGAAGAUUUGAAACUGCUAUUGAAGUAAAACAAGGAUUUACCAAGUUAGAUCAGUUUUACAAUGAAUUUUCAAAAAAAGAGAAAAAGACACAAAAAAGAAAACGGCUUAGGAAGCAAAAAAGAUUACAAAAAAAAGAAGACACAGCAAUAUUGUUGGUUUCAAGAGUAUCAUCACCCUGUUGUCAAAAAGAAGUUUGUUCAUGUGUUGAUGAAGAUGAAGAUGAAGAUGAAAUUGAUUUUUGUGAAGAUGAUAUUGAUUUUGUGGAUGAUGUUGAUGACGAAGAUGAUGUUUAUGACGGUGUACAAUCAAAUGAAAGAGAAGAUUCUGAUGAAAACUGUUUUUAUGUUUAUGAAGAAUAUAAAUGUACAUGUGAACUUCAUAAAAGAUUGAGAAAACAACUUAAACUGUCUGGCGACCGAAAAAAAAGUGUUUCGACUCCAAUUAAACCAUGCAGCUGUGUUGACUGUAAUUCUAAAGGGACAAGGAAAUCAAAAAAGAAAAAAAAUAGUGGGGAGAAAGAGAAACGCAAUAAAAAGAAACAAACAAAAAGCAGCAGAAAAAAUACAAAAAAAAUUAAGAAUCCCCCAGUUCAAUUACAAAGUGAAGCAGAAGAAGAACCAAUAAGCGCUUAUAAUAUGAUUGUUGAUGAUGAUGAUAUUGAAAUUGAAGAUAUGACUGACCGUCAUUCUGCUGAUGAGCAUCAAUCUGAAGGUGGUGACUGUAAGUCUAGUGUAAUCAAUCAUGAUCUACCUGGUAGCUGUAGUUCGUGUCCAUCGUUAUGUGAUCAUUCACAAGACUAUGGUUAUGCAUCAGCUGAAAAUAACAAUCAUAGUAAUAGUACCAGCUCACCUGAUGGUUCAGAUGUGGCGUGCUCUGAAGGAUUUUGUAACCACUCAGGAGAUUUACCUUCAUUAAAAAUAAAAUGUUAUUCUAACAUGGGGACAUUAUCCUGUAAGUCAUUGCCACUUCAACAGUUGUUAAUAGAUGAACUGGAGAAAGAUGCUAUUGUUGUAGAUGAUACAAUAAUACCGUCAGAGGAAGUGGAGAUGUACAAAGUCUGUGCAAUGUUAGUAAAUGAGAAACGUCUCAAACUUAGAGAAACACUUAAGAGUGGUUUCGCUAAUUUAAAAGACCCUCAGUCCUUAUGAGUCAUUGUUGGAGUGUCAUUCUCACUUCUCUUAUUCCAAAACAUUUUUAAUAAAACCGUUUUAGUUAAUUUUUUCAUUAUACUUAUAUAAUAAUAUAGAAACAUUUUUUUUUUCUUUAUUUGCAUUCAUAAACACAAUAUUGCGUUAGUUAAUAUUUGUGAAUAAUUUGUUCUGACCUUUUUUGAUUAGAUCAAUACAAAUUUAUUUAAGAAUAUUUUUUAUAUUAUAAAUUUAAAUUUAUUAGAGGAAUAUAAUAGUUUAUUUGAUAACCAUUAUUAAAGAAAAAAGAAAAAAGUA